UGCCGGUCUCUUGGACCAGUAGCCAGGUCGUAGUAGAGAAUCGUGCGGCUGAGGCGGGUGCAGCCGCCGCGAUGUCCGGUUUUAUUCCAUCCAGGAGGAGGGCCGCGAAUUGCGAAACCAGCUGUUCGAACGUUUGACCCAGCGACACUGAUAUCGCGUAUCUUGAUUAAGCCAGUAUGUAACGACCUUUGCAUUCCCCGAUAUCCUGCCACCACGUGAACGCACUGACCGAGAAAGUUUGAAAAUGGAAUUCACGUGCGUCCCUCGAAACUUCCUGGACCAUUUAAUGUCACUGAAUCGAUUUGUGACAGUUUCGAUGAUCGAGCACGAGGAAAUCGAUGUGAGAGGGACAAGUAAAUUAGCGAGUUACACAGGCUGUCUCGGUGAUCACGAUCCCCCGAUCGACAAGAAAGUGAUUCCAUGAAAAAAAUAAACGGAAGAUGUGAAAUGAAAGGUUUUUUACGCGGUGCUUCGUCGUCGAUAAAAUUCAAUUUGAAAAUUUACUUAGUACGUGUGAACGAAGCCAAUUACUGACCAGGUAGAAGCAGGCAAUACUCGGCAGAUUAUUCUACGUGCGAAAACGAGUGAAAACCGUGGAAUACAAUUUGUUCGUUUAAGCGUAUUCCGUUCAAGCGCACACUGACGUUUUAGCUUUCUCAAUACGAGAUUCGUAGCAACGCAUUGGAUAAUAAUCUUGAAGCGGAGUCCGAACCGCGUGCUCGCACGGAAUCGUACGAUCCCUGUAUAACCGUAUUACCCAAAUAAUUGGUUAUCGAACGAAUUCGGUAUUCCAGAUUUGAUAAACUUUCUAUUUUGGACGUUGUCCGUGUCCCGGACUCGCUACGAGCAAAAAUAAAAGUAAUAAAUUAGAAACUAACUUCUGGGAAUAGCAGACAUCGGAUAAAUCAAUGCGAUUCGUUCCUUUACGAAACAAAUUGCUUAUCAGCGUCUGUAAAAAACAAGACAGUGUAUUAUAAUUGGCAAUUAAAUAAAUCAAAGAAUCUACACAGAUAUAGCGAUUUAAGAAGCGGUAAGAUAAUAUGAGAAAAAGGAAUAAAAUAAAAUAAAAUGUAGAAUGCAGAACGUAAUAUAAAAAUAAUUGGCAAUUACGAAAGAGAGAGAAAUCGGUUAACGGAAGAGCUGAUGAAGUUUGCGGAUCGAUCGGAGGAAAAGGUAGCAGGAAGAAUGCGUGCAUAAACACGUCUAUUAAAUAUCAGCGGGAAAAAGAGAGGCUUCAUAAUCGAUGAGACACCCCAGAGGGAAUUCAGUGACAGUUAAGUCAUGGAGAGAUUCAGUCCGCCAGCAACGUCGUUGAGGAAGAGAAUUAGCCCUCCGAUAGCUUGGAAUCUUGGCCUCACUAGCAGGGAUCCGAGAAUUGUCAAAGUAAUCCUACUGGGACAUCAGGGCGUUGGUAAAACCGCCCUGGCAGUGCGAUUCGCGACGAAACGGUAUAUAGGGGAGUACGAUUGUUCUAUCGAGAGGGUUUACAAAGUGGACAGUUUCCUGGAUGCGGCGUGGGAGAUAACUGAUCCCCCAGGAUAUCUACCACCUCCGUCCGAGCUGAAAUUACGGUGGGCAGAUGCUAUCGUUCUCGUUUACUCGGUGUCGGAUCGUGUCAGCUUCGACGAAACAUCUCGUCUUCGAUUUCUAGUAUCGCACGCGAGAAAAACUAGAAAGGUUCCACCGAUAGUAAUCCUGAUAGCGAAUAAAGCAGAUUUAACGUACACUCCUGGUGAAAGGGUAGUUUCUACGGCAGAAGGGCGUCAAAGGGCGGAAGAGAUCGAGGCCCACGCGUUUCAUGAAAUUUCCGUCAGAGAAUCUGUCGAACAGGUCAUGGCCGUUUUCACCGACAUCUCCAAGCUGUUGACGGAAUUGCCGGGAAAUUCUGGCCAGCAAACAAAUUCCUUCAGGGUGAGAGCCUCCACUGACGGCACCUUGGACGCUCUUCGACGCCCCUCGCCAGUUCCGCUCAAACGAAGAUUCAGCAUCUCCGUUCGAGGAACCCUUCAUUAAGCGAACACAAGCUUACAGCUUAAAACUACGCGCUUUCUAAUAAAGCUCCUGUUCUAAUCCUUCGAGUUUUGAGAAAUAUCGACUGUUCGUUGUCAAUUUGUAGUAUCGUGAUCGUUUAUUGUAUUGUAAAGGCGUAUUUUGUUCAUUUUUAGAAAUAUUUUGGGAAUCUUUUCGCUUUGAGAAAUAUUUUUAGAAUCUUUUCACACGUUGCGAUAUAUUUUUAGAUUUUAAACUUUUAAACUAUAUUUUUAGAUUAUUAGAUAACAUAUUCGUGGUCCUAGUCUGUGCUGAGUGAACUGCAAUAUGCGCUAUUGAAACAUGAUCAAAAGCCAAAGAACCACAAAUAUGUCAGUGAGAGAUAUUUUUGGACUGCUUUAUCUUUGGGUUUAACGCAAUUUAUUAAAAAUGCACUAUCGGCCAAUAUGGAGUUUCGAAUCGUUAUAUGUUUCAUAGAAAUAAAAAGUUUAAAGAAAAAUCUGCUGAUUAAGCGGUAAAUAAACGAUCGAUAAGUUCUGUGUAGUACCUCAAAUAUUUCUCUUACAUGUGAUAUUAAUGUAUUUAAAUUAUUGCUGUUAUUUGUCGAGUAUAUAUUUAACUGUAAAUUAUAUUGAUGUUAAGAAAUUCGAUGAAAUAAAAUUUGCACGAUAAUUAUUUCGAAAAAAUAAGUAUGAAUUAUAGAUUAUUCAAAUUACGAUUAAGUUAUAUUUAUUAACAUAUACAUAUCCUACAAUGUAUAUUUAAUUGUAAAGAUUAUUGUAUAAUUUCUCAAAUUCAAUCAAUAAAUAGAUUUUCUAAAGCAAA